AUGGGAAUUAUAUUAUCUGAAAAUUCAAACAAGAAAAGUAAAAUCAAUCUCAUAAAUAAGUAAGGCAAUUUUUAAGAAUUAUCUAGCGAUCAAUAGAUAGAUCCUUUAAUUGAAAUAUUUGACUCAAAUCCUACAAUUUAUGAUUGUGAUUGUUAGAUUUGGAACGUAAAUUAGCAGAGAUUGUUAAAGAAUCGAUUUUAAAUAUAAUUUACUAAAAAAAAAUAAAUUAGAUAUAUUUAGGAUGGAGAAAUUCUUAGAAGGUAACUUAUUCAAGUAAUAAAAAUAGAGAUUAAGGGGAAAAUUUUAAUUUAAGUUCAUAAUGGUUGACUAAUUUAGAAUAGAUAUAAUAUCUUAAAUGGUUUGGAAAAUAUGUGGAUGGUUAUAAGAAGAUUGGAAAAUGGGAAAUUUAUUGGAGAGGGGAUAUACUGUAAGAAAUAGGAGGAUAUUACUCAAAUAAUGGAUAAAAAUAAGGUUUAUGGAAUGAAUUAAUUAAAAAUUAUUCAAGGUGUAAAAUAAAUAGAUAAUAAUAGUCAAGCUUAAGUAUUCGAAAUAGGUGAAUACUAUAAGGAUUUGAAAUAUGGAACAUGGAAUUAUGUUUAUAAAAAUAAUAUUAUGUAUGUAUUAUUAAUUAAUUAUUUAGUGGUGGAGGAUCAUAUAUAUCACAAGGAUAGAAGAAUGGUAAGUGGAUUAAUUUGAGCAACAGAUUUUGGAAGAAAUCUUAAAUUACAUAUUCGGGAGAAUAUAAAAAUGGCAAAAAAGUUGGUGUAUGGGAUACUUUAUGUAAUGGAAAAUACAUGUAAUAAGAUUAAAAUGAUAUAAAGAAUUGGUGGUGGAUCUUAUGAUUCGGAGAACUUUGUAAAAAUUGGAAAAUGGAUUGAGUUAAGUUUAGAUUAUUGGGAAAAAUCGUAAGUGAUUUACGUUGGCGAAUAUAGAUAUGGCAGAAAAAUUGGUGCUUGGAACAUUUUAUAUAAUGGAAAAUAAAUGUAAAAAGAUUAGAAUGAUAUUAAGUAUUGGUGGUGGAUCUUAUGAUUAUAUGGAUGAAUUAAAAAUUGGAAAAUGGAUUGAGUUGAGCACAGAUUAUUGGGAAAGAUCUUAAGUGAUUUAUUUUGGAUAAUAUAAAAAUGGAAAAAAAGUUAAAAGAUGGGAUAUUCUUUAUACUGAAAACUCUGAAGAUUAUAUGAGUGAUGAAAUGUAUGAACAAAAAUUAUGAAAAUAUCAAUUUAGUUUUGGAGGCCUAUAUGAAGAAGAUAAUCACAAUGAAAACAUUACAUAUAAAUAGGGUAUAUGGACUGAAUUAAGUGAUGGGUUUUGGGAAGGGUUCUAAUUAAUUUAUAAAGGUGAAUACAAUAAAGGAAAAAAAAUUGGAAGAUGGGAUAUUUUCAAUGAGGAGAAAUAAAAGUAUAGAUAGGAAUUAGACAAAUUAUUUUAGAAUUGGUGGUGGAUCAUAUGAUAUUAGAGGUUCAAUAAAGAGUGGUAUGUGGAUCGAGGUCAGUGAUCAAUAUUCUUGGGGAUCUAAGGUUACUUAUUUUGGUGAGUAUGAAAAUGGAAAAAAAGUAGGAAGAUGGGAUAUUACUGCAUGGGGUAAAUAGAUGUAAGAAUAAACAUUUAAGCAAUUAUUAGUGGUGGUGGAUCAUAUAAUGAUAAGGGAAGGAUGGUCGAAAUAGGUAUUAAAGAUGGAAGGUGGACCGAAGUGAAGGAAGUUUUUGGUUAACAUUCAUAUAUCACAUAUAAUGGCGAAUAUAAAAAUGGUUAAAAAAUUGGUAGAUGGGAUAUAAUUUGUAGAAAAGCUGACAACAAAUCUUUUUAAAAGAUGUAAAAUAUCAAUAAAUAAUUAUUAGUGGUGGAGGAUCAUACAAUGAUCAAGAAAAUUAAGAAGGUCCUAUUAAGAUUGGUAAUUGGAUUGAAUUUAGUGGAUUUACAAAAUAUUAAUACAUUACUCUUGAAGGCGAGUAUAAAAAUGGUAAAAAAGUAGGUGUAUGGAAUGAAUAAACUAAUUUAAGAAUGAAUUAUGAUUAUUGA